AAUGAGGCAAGUUAUCCUUUGGAAAUGUGCUCACACUUUGUUGCUGAUGAAAUUAAAAGGCUAGGAGAGAGAUUUUUAAGAGCUUGAUUUGUACAAUUCUGGCUCUUUGUGGAAGAGUUCAUGUCUCUGCCUGAGUUACAACAGAAUCCUUCAGUACAGCGAGUAAUAGACAUAUUAGACACAGAUGGGAAUGGAGAAGUAAACUUUAAAGAAUUCAUUGAGGAAGUCUCUCAGUUCAGUGUCAAAGGAAAUAAGGAGAAGUUGAGGUUUGCUCUCCCUAUCUAUGACAUGGAUAAAGAUUGCUAUAUUUCCAAUGGAGAACUCUUCCAGGUGCUGAAGAUGAUGGUGGGGAACAAUCUGAAAGAUACACAGUUACAGCAAAUUUUAGACAAAACUAUAAUAAAUAGAGAUAAAGAUGGAGAUGUAAGGAUAUUCUUUGAAGAAUUCUGUGCUGCUAUACAUGGCCAAGAUAUCCACAAAAAGAAAGAUGGUGGUAGAUGUGUGACUCUUUUUCAAAGAGUACCACCCAACACUUUUGCUUUCUUCUCCGUCUCUGAAGAUCUGCUCAAGACAUCCAGCAAUGCUUUCUGUGUAUUUAAAUGGAAGUAUUUUUCUCUGUGA